AUGUAUCUCGCUGCCCAGCCAUCCCUGCCCUGCAUUAUAUGUCAUACGGCCUUGAAACGAGAGGAGAAGCGUGAGUGGAGGAGGAUCGCAUCCCGGUCGCCCCCUGCACAUCAAGUCCGCAGGAGACCUGAAACACCCAGUCUUAUUAGGUCCCACUGGCGUCAGUUUGAUGCCCACCAGCGCACCGCCAGCCAGCAGGUCGCCAUCGCAUGCCAUUGGCAGAGGACGGCGAAGGACAUCCUGGAUGCGCUUGUUCGAGGCCGCGAGCACCUUGCUUUUGACCUUGCCGUCGCUAUCUGGCCGUAUCUUCGUUACGACAUUACAGCGACCCUCAGGGGGCAAGGCCGAGGACUCCGAGCCUGUGCAGCGGUACCUCGCUUUUUGCGGAGAACAGGGCGAGAACAGAAGUACCUCUCCCUCUCCUCCACCCUUCUUCGUCCGCUCUCUCCCUUCUUCUUCAUCUACAUCUUCUUCCCCCCUCCCGUUGCGAUCGAUCGCUUUCUUUCUUUCUUUCUGUCUCUCACUCUUUCAUUCCGCUCACUCGUCGGAUCACUCGCAUCUCGCAUCUCGCAUCUCACAUCUCUACCCUCUACAUAUACUCUCCCUCUCGCUCGUCCUCGACUCGACUGCUCUUGGGCUGGCCCAUCUCGUCGUCUCAUCUCUCGUCUCAUCCUCGUAACGGUUCUCUCACAGAGCUCUUCCUAUUGCAAGGCUGAAGGCUGGGCCUUCUCUGCAUCUCUCUUACUGCUGAAACCGCCCCGGAUCACCAUGUAUCCCCAUGGCGCGCCCAUGCCGCCUCCCCAGAAGCCAGAGACCUUCAUGCUAUCAAACGAGGCCCAGCAGAGUCUCCCACAAGACGUACAAGUUGCUCUACAGCAAGUCGAUAACCUGAAAUAUUUCCUCAUCUCUGCUCCGGUAGACUGGACGCCAGACCAGCUUAUCAGACGAUUCUUGCUUCCCACCGGCGACUAUGUCUCGUGUGUUCUAUGGAACAACCUCUUCCACAUCUCCGGCACCGACAUUGUUCGAUGUCUCUCCUUUCGUUUCCAGGCAUUCGGACGGCCGGUGAAGAACACGAAGAAAUUCGAAGAAGGUAUCUUCUCCGACCUGCGCAACCUCAAAGCUGGCACCGAUGCCUCGCUCGAGGAGCCAAAGAGCCCAUUCUUGGACUUCCUCUACAAGAACAACUGCAUUCGCACACAGAAGAAACAAAAGGUCUUCUACUGGUACAGCGUGCCUCACGAUCGCUUGUUUCUCGACGCUCUCGAGCGGGACUUGAAGCGAGAAAAGAUGGGCCAGGAAGCCACCACCGUGGCCGUGAAUGAGCCGGCUCUUUCGUUCGAGUUCGACUCGUCCCAGUCGCUCUACGAGCAGUUGACAAAGGCCCAGCAGGCAAACUCUUCAUCCUUCUCCGCCGCUCAUGUCUCAUCCGCCUUCACAUCAUCUCACUCUGCCUCGCCCAUGCCACGAGCUACCGAUUCGAUGCCACCACCGCAAAUGGCGCCUCCCUCCAUGCCAAUCGUUCACGAAGAACAACAGACCAACCACUCGAUGUACCAGCAUUCUGUCAACGUCGGUAACGAGCACAUGAACGGCCACAUGGUCAAGGCUGAGGCAGACUAUCAACACUUCCAAUAUGAUCGCAACGGCGUCCCUGUUUCUAAAGUACACCAGCGCCACACCUCCAUGCCAACCUACAUGGAAUACUCGCCAGCACCUUCGUUCGUCUCUUCUCACUACGACGACUACGCCAACCGCGGUAUCUCGUUCGAGCCUCUAACUCCUCCACAACACACAAUGCAUCUCGGCUCGGAACCAGCAUACAUCGCCAACGAGGAUACUGGCCUCUACACUGCCAUCCCAGACAUCGGAUCCGCCUCCUCCUUCAACCCGAUGAUGCAACUACCUCCCUCCAACGUUGCCGCACCUCACUACUCUACUGCCUCGAGAAGCUUCCCUUCUUCCAGCGUGUAUUCCGUCAUCGAAGGCUCGCCAACCUACAAGCAGCGUAGACGCCGCUCAUCCAUCCCACCAAGCGUCACCAACGCCAUCGCAACGGCCACCAACAACCUACACGCACACGCACAUCCUCAGGAAAUGCACCAGCCACAGAUGCCUGUCCAACCACACGCAGUUCACAGACCGAGCGAUCUCCGCCGCUCUAUGUCUACCUCUGUUGCCCUGGAGGGCGAUCUACCACACGAAGACUCUCCUCCUCGAGCCAUGUACUCUCAGGGUAGCGUCCACCACUCCCGCACCAGCACUCCUCUACCUAGCCUAGAAGAAAACCCUGCACAAACCUCUGUUUCCAUGUCAAUGGGUGAGGCAACUGUCUCUUCGCUGUCAAAUAUGGAGGCUCUCGAUGGCGUAGAGGCCAUGCAUAUGAUGAACGGCCACCAGGGCGAGAGGCCCGGGCCCAUUCGUCGCGCCAGAAGUGCCACAUUGAUGGAGUUGGGACCAUACCCACAGAAGUCGCAUUCUUGCCCUAUCCCAUCUUGUGGACGUCUCUUCAAGCGUCUAGAGCAUUUAAAGAGACACGUAAGAACACAUACACAGGAACGUCCAUACACCUGCCCAUAUUGCAACAAGGCCUUUUCUCGAUCCGACAACCUCGCACAACAUCGCCGUGUACAUGAAACCCAACAGUCUUCCGCUACCGGCUCCCAGCCUCCCAGCUUCAAGGAAGACGAGCACCUCGACAAUGAGCGUGAACAAUCCGUUGCCGCAAGCCAUCACGAACAGCAGCAGGCCCAGCAACAGCAACAGCAGCAGCAGCAGCAGCAGCAAGUGCCCACCUCCAAUGCAAACUACCUCCCUACCACGGUCGUCAAUAUGACCAAUGUCACAUCCAUGCACUCCAUGAGCACCCACGCCAACCUACCGUCCAUGGUAGCACCCCAGAUGAUUCAACCCCAAAUGAUCCAGCCACAGAUGCUACAACAGCAGAUGUAA